CAGGACCUUUAUUUUGAAAGGCAGGAAGAGUACCGGCCAGGAGCCUGAAACUGUGAAGCUGCGGUUGACCAGCAAAUUGACUGCACUGGAGAAUACAUCGCACCAUGCUGCCUGACAAAGAUGGUCCAGGUGUUGGAGGCAGACAGAGCUCUCCUGAGGGAGAGGAUCUGUCUGUGAGUCUGUUCAGAGAGUACCUCCGCCUCAAAACUGUCCACCCAGACCCUGACUAUGAUGCUGCUCUUCGUUUUCUGGACAGAAUAGCUGAGGAGCUUGAUCUACCCAUGAGAAAGAUUGAGGUCUGUCCAGGCAGAGUAGUGGCGAUCAUGACUUGGGAAGGGAAGAACCCAACGUUGAAGUCCGUCUUACUGAAUUCCCACACUGAUGUUGUACCGGUUUACCAGGAACAUUGGAAAUACGAUGCUUUCAGUGCUUUCAAAGAUGCAGAGGGCAACAUUUAUGCCCGGGGAACACAGGACAUGAAAUGUGUAACUAUACAGUACAUCCAGGCAGUCAGAAGACUGAAGGCAGAGGGACGGAAACUGAUGCGCACUGUGCACCUGAUGUUUGUUCCUGAUGAAGAAGUUGGAGGUCACAAGGGAAUGGAAUCAUUUGUGAAGAAUCCGGAGUUCCAAAAAUUGAACAUCGGCUUUGCCCUAGAUGAAGGUCUUGCGAACCCUGGUGAGGCCUUCACUGUGUUUUACGGAGAGAGGAACCCUUGGUGGAUUACAAUCCACUGCCCAGGCAGUCCAGGUCAUGGGUCGAGGUUUGUGGAGAACACGGCUGCUGAGAAGCUGCGCCAUGUCAUGAACUCCUUCCUGGACUUCAGAGAGAAGGAGAAACAAAGGCUAAAUACAAGUGAGUGUUUCACCCUUGGUGAUGUCACCACAGUGAAUAUGACCAUGGUGAAAGGAGGCGUGGCCUACAAUGUCAUCCCAGCUGAAAUGGACGUGAGCUUUGACCUUAGGAUACCGCCAACAGUGAACCUACAGGAGUUUGAGCGACAAAUUAAGGAGUGGUGUAAAGAAGCAGGAGAAGACGUCACUUACGAAUUUGCUCAGAAACACAUGAACCAGAACAUGACUUCUACAGAAGAGAAUGAUCCCUGGUGGAGUGCCUUCAGUGCAGCCUGCAAGGCAAUGAACAUAACUCUGGAAAAGGAGAUAUUUCCAGCUGCCACGGAUAGCCGUUUCAUCCGAGCGGUGGGUAUCCCUGCUAUCGGCUUCUCCCCAAUGAACCGGACUCCAAUCCUGCUGCACGAUCACAACGAGUUUCUGAAUGAGAAAGUCUUCCUGAAAGGCAUCGGCGUGUUCGAGAGGCUCAUCUGCGCUCUUGCCAGUGUUCCUGCCUUCCCUGAUGAGGCUUAGAGAAGUCUUAAUUUUAAUCCGGUCUAAAAACGUAUUUCACUUAGGGUAUUAAUAUUUAACUUGAAACUUGAACGUUUUUGAAGAGAUUACCAAAGAAUAAUAACACGUAUCAUUUAGCCAAACUGAGCACUUAGCCUUUGGUACUUUUAUUUUUUUAUUUUGUGAUUCUCAGGAUAAAGGCACGAUAAGGUUUGCAUUUUACUUUUGACAACUUACUUGCCUGUGUGUACACAGUCUAAAAGAUGUAUCACCCAUUGUGAAAGCAAUGUUCUCAUUUACUAUGGAAAAUGAACUAACUGAAAUGUGAAGACGACUUUGAUUGAUUUACACUUUGAUCAAAUGUCAAUUAAUUGCCACUUUUCUCAUUGAGCCUGAUUUUAAAACUAUUAUUCCACAGAUAUAACUUUAUUUAAUAAACUGAAAUUGAAUAAAUAUAUUUGUUCAUUA